AUGAUUAGUAUCUCACAGCACAGCCCAACAAAUCGUCGAGUAUUUGCCUUUGCAUUCGAAUGGAACUGUAUGGUAGAAUGGGUUGCAGUAAUUACUUUCGAAAGCUUAGUAAUUGUGCAAAAUUACCUUGGUGAGACGGUGUUGAGUGUAAUUUGGAUAGUUUUUUCGGUCAGACGUUGUGUUAUUCGGAAAAGUAAAAAGGUAACAAUCGGAAACAAGGGGGAACCAAAACCUGAAGCACCAAGGAAAAUGGAGAAUGCGAAAAACAAUUCCAGCGCAGGGACGGUGCGAAGCGAGAAGCCUACCAGCAGUUCGGCCAAUCCGGAAUCACGGUCGAAAUUUGUUACCGGAGGAAACAAACUGAAACGAGCUUUCUCCUUGUCCCGCAAUCCAUUCCAGAGUGUUCAUUCUAGGAAAGCAGUGGAAAAAUCCGGAACUGUCACAUCGGCGGCAGCAGUAGCAACGAUGACGAAUGCGAAUGCGAACGUUGUGACCUCGGAACAAAAUUCCAUCAACAGUGGCGGCGGAUCAACGGGUGGGAAAGGUGGAAGUGGCACUGAGACAAAAGUUCAAGUCACUUCCGACUCGCGGAACGGUUCGGAGAAGAAGAUCUUCAGACGUUUAUCGGUGAAAAAGUUCAUCAAUCGCAUUGCACAACAAAUGACAUAUGUCAAUCUUGCUGCAAACCUAACGGAUUUCGGGUCACUUUUCCAGGGCAACCAGAAAGCGGAUAUCAUUCCAACCACGCCGCAAGAGAAUGGGUUCGUUUGGCCUCCGGAUACGGUUCCCGGUGUGAUCGGGCUACGGAAUCACGGUAACACCUGCUUCAUGAAUGCCGUUCUGCAGUGUCUCAGUCACACCGACAUAUUGGCCGAGUAUUUCGUUUUAGAUCAAUACAAGGCGGAUUUGAAGCGACGAAACAAGAUCAAUGCCAAAAAGUUCGGCACGAAAGGGGAGCUAACCGAACAGCUGGCGUUGGUACUGAAAGCACUGUGGACGUGCAAAGAUGCUCCCGAGCAUAGCUCAAGUUUUAAGGCCGCAGUAGAUCGAUACGGUAGUCAAUUCCGGAGCUCCACGCAGCACGAUGCACAGGAGUUCCUAUUCUGGUUGUUGGACAAGGUGCACGAAGACCUCAAUACGGCUAGCAAGCGGAAAUAUAAAGCGAUCAAGAAUAACUACGGCCGCUCGGACGAAGCGAUCGCAGCCGAAACACUCGCCAACCACAUUCGCUGCAACAAUUCGUUCGUACAGGCCGUCUUUCAGGCGCAGUUCCGUUCGUCGCUGACGUGCCCCCGGUGCCAUAAGCAGAGCAAUACCUUUGAUCCGUUUCACUGCAUUUCGGUGCAGUUGCCCCAACUUACCCAACAGCCCGUAUUUGUGCGAGUGAUCUACGCUUUGCAACAGCCGAAACAGGUGCUGCUGGGUUUGGGCGUACCACACGGAUCGUCCGUGGUGGUGCUGAGAGAACAGUUGCAUGCCGAUACCGGGAUCGCCGUGGACAGAAUGAUCCUGACCGAGAUGUGCGACAGUGGAUUUACCCGGGUGUACUGUGAUUCACAUUUGGCCUCGUCGAUGGGAGAUGAAGGGUCGGUGUACUGCGUCGAAAGUCCGCUGGUCGGCGAAGGGAUGACACAAAUUGUGCUUUGUAUUAGUAAUGCCAGAAGGGAUGCUGUCAGUGGGGAAGUUCGACGGUUCGGCACUCCUUUCUGCAUAGUAGUGAAUCGGGAUGUUUCGUAUGUCGAACUGCAAAAAAUGCUCCUGAAAGAGAUGUCCGGCAUUCUGAAAUCGGAGGUGUUUACCUAUAGUACACCGUUGCUGGAGAUGUUCAAAAUGCGACUACAGGAUCCUUCAUGCGAUGCCGAUGCUUUCCUGGAGGCAACCGUGGAACAUCCACUCUUCACUGAGAUGAUCGAUUUGGCUCUAUCGGUGCUACCAACGGAUGCAGGGCCAGCCCACGUAAAGUUGCUGAUUGAGUGGGUCAAUCCUGAACGAUUCUUCAGUGAUAUGACGGAUCCGUUCGUUGAGCACGAAAGUGUCAGUCAAAUGAAGGAAAAAAUGCCAGCAAGCUCUGCACUAACGCUGGAGCAGUGUCUCGAACAUUAUACCAAAGCAGAAACGCUCAGUGCGGAAGAUGCUUGGAGGUGUCCUCACUGUCAGAAAUAUCUCCCAGUGGUAAAAACUCUCGGUUUGUGGUCACUUCCGGACAUAAUGGUGAUUCAUUUCAAACGUUUCCGACAACAACAGCUGCGUGGACCGCAGUCAGCCAAACUUACCACUCUGGUGAAAUUCCCUCUGAACGGGUUCGAUAUGUCUCCACAUUUGGCACGGGAUCCCAAUGUGGAAGCAUCUGCUCCCAGUUUCGAGGAUAACUGGAGCCCUUGGCGAAGAACGUCGAAACGCCACACAACACAUUCCUCUCAUCAGCAAAGUUUUCCCCUUCAGGUGAUGGACAAUCAGUACGAUCUGUAUGCGGUUUGCUAUCACCAGGGGGAUACCUUGGAAACUGGCCAUUACACGGCGGCCUGUAAAAAUCCCUACGAUCAUCAUUGGUACAAGUUCGACGAUCAGCGGGUAACGCAGGUUCCGAACGAUCGUGUCCAAGAAGAAAUAGUCAACAACGAGGCAUACAUUUUAUUCUACCAAAGACGCAGGAUUGACGGAUCGGAGUGCUCAGGGACGAGUUCCAGUUCUGGAGCAGAUCACUGGGUUUCACGUAUUGCCGCCGCUCCGUUAGUCGUACCGUCAGUCGAGACAAAACCAAGAGAAGACCCACCGAAAUCGACUACUCCUGUUCCUAGUACAGCCGCUUCUGAUCCCACACCAGUUCCCAAAAAGGCUGACAUUGAAGAAGUUCAAAUUAUACAUUCCGAAAGCGAAAGUGACGAAAGUGAUGAGCGAACGACUAACUGUCCAGAUGAGGAAGCGACCGAAAUCGUCAGUGAAAAGAAUCAGAAAACCGAAAUUAAAACACAAACUGUUGUUCAGGUGGAUGUGGAAGUUCAAGCCAUUGUGGAACCGUCGGAAGAAACGAAGCCGACAGAAACGUUACCAAGUGAGAAGGAAGCAGCUGUCAAACCACUCGAUAAAGAUAUCAUCAAAGAUGAAGAGUUUUCGGGAGAUCCGACGACAUCGGAAGCCGCUUCAGAAGAACCUUCCACUCCCGAGCUGCGAAAAUCUUUAAUAAUUGAUCCUCCGUCGAUAGAUGAGAAGCACUAUUCUAGUAGUAGCGUCAAAUCAUCCGACACCAGCAGUCGAUUUUCGUUGCCAACAACCCAUUCGCAUUUUCAGGACAUUUUAUGGCGAGAGAAUACAACCGUCUCGGACUUCAUCAACAGUCACCAUCACCACCACAAUCACCAUCAUCACCACAGUCACCAUCGGCCGUCGUCCUACACCUACAAAUCGUACGAAUCGGAUGCUGUCUCGAUGAUUCGCGGGGCCAACACCUGCAGCAAAGACACGCUACUUUUCAUCGAUCAACAGUCGCACGCCGCCGGAUUGGAUCGGAUUGCACUGGAUGAUGAUGAUGACGAUGUGGACGACCUGAUGAGCAGUACCCGAGCACUUUGGAUAUCCCCGGUUACACCCCACAAGCUCAUAACGGUUUCCCCGAAAAACUAACGGUUGUUUUAAUACCUGGAUGAUAACUAGAUUUCAAAAAUCUGAGGCCAACCCGUGUAUCCACGCAUCUAUUGUGUACCACAGCAAAAACACCCGAGUGCGGGUGUGUCCUAUUUGUUUUUCAUUUGUUUGUGUCGAACAGUUUUGUUGAAAGUUUAUUUUAUUAUUAAUCGUUUUUAUGUUGAUAUUUUGUUUGUCUGUACGAAAACCACCAACUAAUUAUUACUAUUAUUUAUUAUGUAAAGCAAAAAAACCAACCGAAGAAUUAUUUGAGUUCAGUAUAGUGGGACUCUGAAACCCGGCAGGUAAGUAUGUAUUCCCGUGUGUAUUUUUUCUCCCGUAGAAUGCAGUAUCAGUCGUCGACGAUUUAUGCUGUCCAUUGGAGCAUAUUGGUUUGGUGCUGUAAGCUCGGCACAAAACCGGUAUGCUAUAAAGGAUAGUUUAAUGUAUCUAGAAAAUUCCUGUUCCUCUUGUAAUGUAACCCACAUGGCCGAAAAUUUGAGUAACUAACUACUUCGUGUUCGAAAACAGAAAACUUUCCAUUUCCCUUCAACGAAUCAAAAUCAGUAACAUUCGAAAUAAAAAUGAAACAUUUCCGAGGGCAAUUAUAUUGAAAGAUUUAUUAUAUAGUGUAUCUUUCUGCUGAAAGCGAACUUAGAUGGUAAACGUUUGAAACUGAUUACCUAGUAGGAGCUAAGGAAAGACAUGAAAACCAGGAAAAAUGAUAAAAAUUCAGCUAGAGUUUAAAGUUUAGUGAGUGAUAAAAUCGGAUAUGAGAUUUAAGCGUAGAUAUUGAAGAAAUAAUACAGAAAGCAGAAGAGAAAAAAAAAUGAUACAACAUUAGGCAUGCAGAAACAAGUACAAUUUAAUGUUAGUUAUUUGAUUGUAAAAAGAAGAUUAAAAUUAUAAAUUAUUAUUAGAUUAUACUA